AUGGCAAAAACAAACCGCAUCCAUGCUCAAUACCCUUUAAAGUUUAUUCCAACCACUGGCCAUGCCGAUCGACUUGCGGUUGUGUACAUGAUGAGUUAUGGAGGAGGUGUCAUUAGUGGUGACAAGUUCAAUAUUGACAUGCGUAUUGAAACGCGUGCGGUCCUGCUACUCAUGACUCAAGGAAAUACAAAGAUUUUUAAGGACCGUGUUCACCAGCGGCUCUGGUUGGCCUCACUAAACGACCAACAGGAGACCACGAUUAAAUUCUCCAAUCUUUUACCUUCCUUACCAGCUGCCAUCAGCAACCUCUUUGUAUCGCAACCUAAACCAGCGCCCGUGAUUGAGCCUUCUGUUCAGACUAUUGUGUCUGUGGUAGAAAAUGAAGCUACUUUAUUAGUGAUCCCGGAUCCCGUCACUUGUUUUCGAGACGCAUCGUUUCAAUCGAGACAAGAGUUUAAACUCCAGGACGAUACAUCGCAAUUGGUACUAUUGGAUUGGUUCACGAGUGGAAGGAUAACUCGCGGUGAAAACUGGUCGUUUCGACAUUAUUCCAGUCGCAUUGAUAUUCGUGUAGGACAAAAAUUAGUGAUCAAGGAUGCGAUGGUAUUGGAGGAUGAAGACUAUAUGCGAAAAGAAGGAGAGGAUACAUCUUAUGCAUCUCGCUUACAGCCUUACACAUGUUUUGCUACAUUAAUCAUGAUUUCAAGCAUCGAUAGCCCUUUAACCAAGUCGGUAGAAGGAAUCCAGAGAAAAUCAGAACAGAUGCGUUUGAUGCCAUUGACACUCAAAUCGAAAGAAGAUCGUCAAGUCCUAUGGUCGGUUAGUCCUAUCUUAAAGGGAAGGGGUGUUCUUGUGAGGGUAGCGGGUAUGACUACAGAGCAAGUACGUGAUUUUGUAAAGUAUCAGUGUUUGGGACAAGGCUUGGAAGAGAUUGUUGGAGAAGGCAUGUUUAGUAAAGUGCUCAUGUAG